AUGCUAACAUGGUACAGAAGAUUAAAAUUAGGGUUUGAUGUAACUUCCAAAAUCACCGCUCCUAAACCCCCGGUCCGAAAUCCGGUUCCCAUCAUCAACCACAACAAUCAGUCAAACGUUCUGGAUCUUGCUAUAGAUGUUACCAGAGCCGUUCCAACGUUUUUGGAGGCCCUAAACGAACUACAAAGUCAGGGCCCUAUUGAAUUGCCUAGAUUGAUAAGCUUACGGGCCGGCUCUGGAUGUUACCAUGUUGAUCGGCAUUAUGACCCUCCAAAGAUUUUAUAUAUAGUUGUAGUGGUGGGAUUUGGAAUCGGGGUAGCUAUAUGUUUUGGGAAUGUUGAGACGAUACCGUAUACGCAACGGAGGCAUUUAGUUGUUAUGCCAUAUAUAUAUGAGAGAAAGAUUGGGGUGCGUAUGUUUGAGAAGAAGAAGGCUAGAUAUAAAGAAAGAGUUUUACCAAAGACGCAUCCAGAAAGUGUUAGGGUAAGAAUGAUUUUGAAAGAUGUAGUUGAAGCAUUGCAUAGAGAUCUCAAGAAAGAAGAUUUGAAUUAUGCUUCAGAGAAUGGAGCUGCAUUAAUGGCGAUGACGACGAAGGGGGUGAAGUUGGCUACUUCGCAUCUGGAGGGGUUGGAAUGGGAAGUUUUGGUGGUGAAGAAAGAUAUUGUAAAUGCAUAUUGUUUGCCUGGUGGGAAGAUUGUUGUGUUUACUGGGAUCUUAAAGCACUUUAAAACCGACGAAGAAAUUGCAACCAUUAUCGGUCAUGAGGUUGCACAUGUUGUGGCAAGACAUGCAGUUGAGAGGUUUACAAAGAACAUCUGGCUUGUACUCGGCCAGCUAAUUUUGUAUGAGUUUGUCAAUCCAGAUCUUGUCGACAUAUCGUCUGUUUUUCUGCUAGACCUUCCUUUCUCGCGAAGGAUGGAGAUUGAAGCUGAUCACAUAGGGGUGCUACUGAUGGCUUCUGCUGGAUAUGAUCCACGGGUCGCACCAAAGGUAUAUAAAAAGAUGGGUCAAAAGGCUUUGGAUGAUUACAUUUCUACCCAUCCAUCGGGAAAGACAAGAUGUAAAUUGCUAUCUGAAGCUAGUUUGAUGCAAGAAGCGAUCUCUAUAUACAAAGAUGCCAUAGCAAGACGUGAGAUUGAUGCUUGAUGGUUUUUUUCCUUUAACCAAGUACAAAUUAAGUUAAGUUGGAUAUCA